ACAAAAACAAAGCCCUCUGAAUUUAGGGCUAUUCAUCUUCAAUCUUCAAUUCCCAAUUCCUGCUUCUCCAACGACGCUCAACCGGCCGCGACCAAUCUCUUCAACCCCAGCUUCUCCAACGCCGUGACGAAGCUCCUCAACGCCGGUCACAGCCGGCGGCGGUCACAACUCUCUUGUCGCCGACCCAUUGCCCACGGCGGAGCGACAACAGCAACAGCAGAAUGGCAGAGACAGCGGCGGUGAUAGACAGUAGGGCGUUGUGCGGCGAUGAUAGACAGCGUCGGUCACGCGGAAGUUCACCCAACGGCGCUGCUGUUCGUCUGCCGUGAUGAUUGAGCUGCUGUUCGUCUGACCGGAGGUUGUUCGGUUGAUGGUGAUGAUGGUUUCUUUAUCCCUAUCUUUACACUAAACAUUCAAAUUACUCACAGCUGAACAGCAUGUAUUUAAGAUGGAACAAGAAGAAUAUGAAAAGGAAGAGAUUAACUGGAGCUACAUUGAGUUUGUUGAUAACCAAGAUGUGCUGGAUCUUAUUGAGAAGAAACCUGGAGUUGCACUCUUAGAUGAAGCUUGCAUGUUCCCCAAAUCAACUCAUGAAACAUUUUCUCAAAAACUGUACCAGACAUUUGUGAAAAACAAACGCUUCAUCAAACCCAAACUUUCUCGUACUAGUUUUACAAUAUCACACUAUGUAGGGGAGGUGACUUAUCAAGUAGAUCUAUUUUUGGAGAAGAACAAAGACUAUGUGGUUGCAGAGCAUCAGGAUCUGUUAACAGCUUCAAACUGCUCAUUUGUGGCUGGUUUAUUUCCACCACUUCCUGAAGAAGCAUCAAAGUCCUCCAAGUUUUCUUCUAUUGGAACACGAUUCAAGGUCUAUCACUCAGCUUCCAUUCAUAUUGUAGUUAUAAAGUUUUAAGAGCACUAGAUAAAUCAUUUUCCAUAAGUUCUGCUCAAGCCUUUUGUCAAUUUCUGGCUUAUUUCCUUUUCUAUUAUUUUCUGGCUAGCUAAGACAAGAACCUGAAUCAUGUGUAUCUGAUCUGUUAACAUUUUUUUUGGGGAGUGCAUUUGUAUUGCUUUUUCAAGUGUCUUUCUUUACUUGUUGGCUACACUUGUUAUGAUUCUCUUUAGGGAACUCAUUAUCUUGUUAUGAACAGCUUGAGUAUGAAUGUGGUGAGAGUAAGA